AUGGGAAUUAGUAAGACUGAGGUCAACUUACGAAGGUUGCUUGUUGCUUCACCGCACCAACAAAAUCAGGCAAAAUUGAUACAGGUGAGUCACAAAAUCGAUGCCAUUUCUAUUUUUCUUGUUUGAGUUGCUUGAUGAACUUUUUUCUUUUUAUAGUUCAUGUUUGUCAUAUAACUUGUAGACAUAUCUUCAUUAUAUAUUUUAUUUUAUAGCAUGCAAGAAAAUUUUAAGAAAAAAUAGAUUAACUUCACUAGGUCCAGGAUCCGCAUGAAACAGUUGAAUUUUUGUUUAAUCUGGUGUUUCUUUGACAUUAACCCUACCAGAUGUGUAGUUAUAUGAUUGUUACCUAAACCAGAUAAAACACUAGUGAAACACUACUACACUAGAUUCUUGUACCUGUAGCAAGUAACAAUCAUGUUGUCUUGGGAACACCAUAGCCAAAUUUCGUGAUGGCCACUCACAUUUUGGCGAAAAGAGAGCAUGCGUGGGGACCCACUAAAUUUAGCUUUUUAUAUCUGUGAGUAUGGUGUUUUAUGACUAUCUUAAAUUCAUUGAAUGGAAAUAAAAAGGUAAUUCAUCCACAUAUAUUCAUAUCCAUUAAAGGAGCACGAAGAACAUAUGUGUACCUUAAAUGCUUCGUUCAAAUUCUCAUCCUCAAAUUACUAUCGAUGAAAUCCACAAAGUUAUAAUUUUAUGACUUGUCAAUAACAUCGUAUGAGAGACAUUUCAAUUUCGUCCAUUUUCCUGGACAGUAUUAUUUCAAAAAAAUUAUCUGUUUUGUCUUUCUUCUUUUGGUAUUUUUUUCGCCGUUUAAGUUAUUAACUAAGCAUGCUCUCUUGAUCAUCUUUUCAUUUCUUCCAUAAACUUGCUGUGAAAAGAACCUCUUUAUUCAACACUACAUUUAUGAGCAUGAUGGAGUUUUCUUGGAUUUUUUGAUAGGGAUGGCUAGAUUUCAGGGUUGGUUUCAACUUCAAUUACAUAGUCCCUCCGUUUUUUUCAUUCUUUGGGGAAUUAAAGAACACAAAGUUAUGGUUUUUUAUGGAAGGGUUUAUUUAUCCCAUCAUUUCUUCUCGUAUCUUUGAGCUUCUAUUGGAGGAGACCCAGAAGCAUGACGAUGGAAAUCCAAAUCAAACCGGUUAUUGGCAGACUUAGUGGAUUUUUUUUCUCUGCGAUUUGGUGGGUGAUACAAUCCCUUUUGGAAGGAUCGGAUCUGAGUGAAUUAGGAGAGAAACAAUUGUAUGAAUUCACAAACUCGGGACAAUUUUGUUGAGAUAGAACGUCAAGGAUGACAGUUCUAUCGAAGUACAAGAAACGAAAGAAGGAAAGAAGAGUAAAAGGGUGCGGAAUUAAUUCGAGAGGAUUCCCCUGCCUUUCUUAGUUCCGAACUGUUCUCCCCUUGAUAUUACCCCCCGAGGUUUAUUUAUGGUCCUCACACGUUGUCCACAUGUCCCCCUCUUAUGCCUUCUAUAUGUCAGUAAUGGGGCCAUAACAGUGGACUAGUUGAAUGCCUCUGUUCUUUCAGAGUAGAAAUUGUAUAGUCUUCUUCACUCUUUCUCACAGAUGCUUUUAAGAUCUGUUCAUAUUAGGCACAAUGUUGGUUCAUCUCACAGUAAUAAAAGAAAAUAAAGAGUCUUGAAGGUAAUCACAAAGUUACCUAUAAAAAAAAUGUAUGGAUAAAUGGGUCUGAUCAUUCGGGAUUGCAAGUGGCUGAAUCUGUUUUUUUUUUUUUUCCCCUUUUUAUUACCCCUCAGUGAACAUUUUUUAUUGGAUGUGCCUUCUUUUUCUCACUCUAGCUUUGUGCAUGAACACGCAGUAUGUUGCCAAGUUGCGAGAACUUCUGGAGGAAUUGGGCGCGGAGACAACGCCAGAAGGACUGACGAGGUUCAUAUGGUCUUUAAAUUUUUUCAUCACCUGUUAUAAUUUUCUUUUUUUAAUAUUUUUUUUAUCUUGAAUUUGCAUUAAACACCACUGCCCAUCCUACCUUUUCUACGUUCUUGUUCCUAGAAUAGGGAUGAAAACUAAGGAAAACAAUUCAUUGCCUUACUCAUUUUAUAGACCAGUUCCCAAGCAAGGACAGCCAGUUGCCACUAAUGGGCUCUAAUUUUUAAAAAUAUGAGCCCAAGCCCAGCCGGGGCUCAAUGAAGAGCCUGAGCUCCCAGCCUAUUAGGGUGUUAGUCUGCCAUUUAGAAUGUGGGCCCAUUAGGGUAAGCCCAUUUUUGGUAUUCGAAUAUGGUGUUAAAUCGGAAAACCUAGAAUAUUGCCUUAUUGACUAUUAUAGAUAUGCACUUAAAAUGUCAGUUAAAAGCGAAAAUUCUUAUGGUCAGCAGUCCCCGAUCUAAUUUUUAUGUGAUAUUUAUUUUGAGAAUAUUAUAUUCUGCAACAUUAAUAUUUAUAAUUUCUCUUGAAAAAUAUUUAUUACAAUUUUCCAUUAUAUAACAGGGAUUUAUUUGAAUGUAUGAUUACAGCGUUUCCAAGGCAAAGUUGAAUGAAUAUUCAGAGAAGAUUGAAGCUCUUGCAUUAGAGCUGAUUGCUCCUCUGGUACUUGUUAUUAAUUUCCAUUCUUGUCGUCAUUUAAAACAAUUCUUUCCCCGAAAAAUUAUAUUUUUGAGAGAAAUUUCAAGCCCCCUGCAUGGCAAUUAACGGAUGCUUUGGAAAUUAACGUCCAAAUAUAGCAGCUUAUUGAAAUUUUUAAUGCUGUUAAUUUACCUCGCUGGGAAUUAAUUCAUGUGGUCAGCCUCAAGAGCUUGAGCCUGUGGAAAUCGUUCAAGAGGAGCCCUCAAGCAACCCUGACAGAAUAACCUCUUCUGGGCUGAGAAGAAGACUGACGUCAGUGAAAUCCACUUUUAUAAAUAGAAAUCUCGUAAAUAAAUAAAUAUUUAUUUAUUCGUUUAAUUUUUUUAACGGUUUGCAUUUAAAUAUUAAAUGGAACUUCCCAGGCAUCAAACAGAAGCUGUUGUUGAGAGGGCAGAUGAGAACACAGAAGGCAAUCGGAUGGCUCCAGUGAGGCUUGAUACUGCAGGGCAUGCCCACAUCGAUAAACAUAGGUAUUUGUCUAUAAUUAUAUUUUUUUUCCCUUGAAAAUAGAAAUAAAAUAAGGAUAUGGGCAGUGGGAAAAAGACCCAUUUCGGAUUGAAUCAGGUGGCUGGAUUGAUCUGAUCAGGUGAAUCAGAGGGAAGGAGAGAUGGGCGGCAUGAAUCGGUUUGACUUUCCAUCUGGGUUUUCCAAUCUGAGCUUUAGGAAGGAAGGAGAUGAACAGAAUUCAUUUGGGCCCAUCGGGUCAAAGGGGGCCCGUUUAGCCAAGAACCGACCGAGCUGUUUGGGAUUUUCUAAGUUUAGACUAGCAUUCACUACGAAUCAACCUUUGGUCAAAGGGUUCUGGCUAAUUGUAGCCCAUCACCAGUUGAAUCGACACUUUUGGUUACAUUAUUAUGAUAAGAUCCUCCCAUAGAAAUGGAGUAGGAGUCUUCCUAUCCCCGUUGACUUCUAGUCCUAUUUCAGUCCUCUGCAAGUAAUAUUUGAUUUUAAGCAUAAUUAGCAUCCAUUUUCUAUUUAUGCUGAACAGGAAGCUUCAAGAGGAUUUGACUGACGAGAUGGUCGUUCUGGCUCAGCAACUCAAGGAGAACAGCCUCCUCAUGAACAGGUCCUUGCAGGACACCGAGAAGGUACUGGGCCUCAUCAUCCCUUCUGAAAAUGCCCAAAUUAUUUAAUUUCUUAAAAAUCAGUUCUUUCGGGAUAAUCUUGAUACCAGAAUCUCCAGGCCAGCUCAUAAGUGAGCUCAUGAAAUCUCAUCGAGAUUGGUCAACGAGAUCUUGGUGGGUUCUGUGGAUCCGUCUGAUUCAGCUGCAUUUUCAUUGGGUCGUCUGAUUCAGUCAACCCCAUCCUGCUUCAUUUUCUGUGGAUCAUCUAUCUGAUUCGGCAGAUCAUCUGAUUCAAUCUGGGUUGACCAAUCAAUCAAUUGGAGAAGCCCGAAUCUACCUUUUUUUAUAAAAAAAAUCAGUUCUUUCUAAAUAAUCUUGAUAUCAGAAAUCCUUGCCCAUCGGUGAUCGUCCCAUGAAAUCUGUGGGUCGUCAUAUUCAGUCAACCCCAGCCCGGCUGGGCUGACCAAGCAGUCAAUCGGAAGAGUUGACCUUUCUCUGAUGCUCUCGGAUUCGGCUUGAUGGUCCGGCAGGUACUAGACUCGACUGAGAAGGCGGUGGAGCACAGCCUGGCUGGCACGGGCCGGGUCAACGCCAGGGCCAUGGCAAUCUACUCCCAGAGCACCAAGACGUCCUGCUUCACGUGGCUCGGGAUCUUCUUGAUGACCUGCAUCUUCAUCAUGGUUGUCCUUCUCAUCAGAAUCACUUGA